AUGGCGCGGUGGUUUUCAUUCUUUGCGGAAUACAACUUUACGGUCGAGUACAAACCAGGACGACUUAAUGUCGUCGCUGAUGCACUCUCACGUCGUCCCGACUUUGAAACAGUCGCGAAACCCAACAGUGAGACAGUCACUGUUGCGGUUAUGACGUCCUCAGUCCCAUCUACAACGUUGUAUGAUGAUGUGAGGCGGGCAUACGCCCAAGAUGCCGUUUCUGGUGACACACCACGUGUUGUCAUUCCAGAUGAUACUGAUCUGCGUUUGCGGAUCAUGUUCGAGUAUCACGAUGCUCCUAUAGGAGGACAUCGUGGCCGAGAGAAAACAUAUCUCACGGUAAGUCGAGACUUUUACUGGCCCCGCCAGUAUCAGUUUGUGCGAAAGUAUGUUCGCGCAUGCGAAGUCUGUCAACGAGUGAAGUCAAGUCCUUCACUGCGUGCACCUUUACAGCCUCUACCGGUUCCGGCUGAGUGCUGGAAAUCCAUCUCAAUGGAUUUCGUCUUCGGGUUACCCAAAGACGCACGCGGGAAUACGGGUAUUCUCGUAUUUGUUGACAGAUUCAGCAAAAUGGUACACCUUGUGGCUGUACCAGAGACAAUCACGGCAAGUGGCUGUGCUUGUGUCUUUAUUGACAUCAUCUUCCGACUUCAUGGGUUGCCCCGUGAACUCGUAUCAGACAGAGAUCCACGAUUCACUGCUGAUUUCUGGCGUUCCGUGUUCAAAUCACUCGGAACGCGCUUGAAGAUGUCGACAUCUGAUCAUCCAGAGUCAGAUGGUCAGACGGAACGUGCCAAUCGUGUCCUUGAAGAGAUACUUCGAGGAUACGUACACUCCUUCAAGAGUUGGAGUGAGUUUUUGCCAAUGGUAGAGUUUGCCAUCAACAACUCGGUGCAUGCGUCCACGACACAUACACCGUUUUACGUGAAUGGCUUGCGCCAUCCGCAUGUACCCACCUUACUAGAGUGUAACUCUGGUUUAAGGGGGGGAGGGACUCGCGCGAGCAAAAACCGAUUUGGUUCACGCUCAUCACGCUCUGACGAGGAAGUCAUUGCCGAUAUCGAUAACAUCGAUAUCGAAGAAGAUGAUGCCAGUGAGAGUGCGGAAGCCCUCACUGAAGAAGAUGAUCCCAGUGAGAGUGCGGAAGCCCUCACUGAAGAAAAGGUUGAUGUUGCUGCAGUGCGCUCACAGCACACUGAAGCUAACGAGUCAUCAGAUGAGUUCAUACUGGCUCGUGAAACGGUAGUCCGUUUUGUGCAAGACUCCAUCGCCGAAGCGGUGACUUAG